ACGUGCACGCUGUUUAGAGGAAGGACUUCCCGCGGAGGUUCAGUGCUCGGAGGCUGAAAGCUUCACUUAUUUUAACUGGAUUUAACUGGAUUUAACUGGAUUUAACUGGAUUUAACUGAACUUUGGACAAACUGAUCAUUUUGUGGUCCCGCGCUGUGGUCACGUGUCUUUCUGGGAGCCAGGAAACCCCGCGAGGAGUUCAGGUGCCAGGAUGGACGAGACGGAGCAGUACAAACAGAGACUGGAGGCCAUAGCUGAGAAGCGUCGGCUGCAGGAAGAGCAGGACAGAGCCAGGAGAGAACAGGAAGAUGAGAGGCUGAGACAGCAGCAGCUGAAGAGGAAGUCUUUACGAGACCAGUGGCUGAUGGAAGGAACCCCCUUAUCCCCAACCUCACCCAACACCCCCAGUCCUCCUCCCUCCCUGAGGAGCACCCAGGACAUGGACACGCCUGUCAACAAGUUGCAGUCAGAGAACCGGUUGGCUGAGGAGCAACAAAUGGAAGCUGUACACCUGGCCGAGGCUGCAACAGAGAAAGUCCAAGACCUGCAGAAUGGACAAAAGGAGGCAACGAGAUCAGAAGCUUCUGACGAUGACAUGAAGGAAAUCCAGAGCCCAGCCGAGGAUGAGGCCGCAGCUCUCCUCACCAGCGCUCAGGGGCGUUUGGAAGCAAACCAUGAUUCCAACCAUUCACAGCUGAGUGUUCUGAACCAGAAUGGGCCCGUCCAUGUGUUUGAGAGUGGUGAUGGCAUUAAACUGGUGCCAGAGAUGAGUGUUACCGAAGCAGCACCAGGUCCAAACAUCACCACAGAUGAUGAGACUCUGGUGAUGAGAGCAGAACCCGUGUUCAUCACAGAUGAUGGCCCUGAGGAGCUCUGUUCUCAGGACGACCAGCAGGAUGCGGACAGAGCCUCUCUUCCACACUCAGAGUCAGGACAAGCAGCAGAAGAGAGUUUAGAGAAGGUGGUAACAACAGAAACCACUCCAGAACCUUUACCAGAACCAGAGAACCAUGCAGCAUGUGAGCUAUCCGUAGAAGCACCACCAACAGCCAAAGAGAAAGACAACAUCAAGUUGAGCGUAAAUGCAGAAGUGCCAAAAACUAAAGUGGAAGCGCUGCAGUCACCAGCCUGUGCUGCAGAGGGCGCCACGAGGGCUCUGGUUCCACGCUAUACUGAGGUUCCAGCCUCCACUCUGGGUCCAGAGGCAGAGGUUCCGACCAAACAUGAAGCUUCAGGAACUCCUGUAGAAAAAGUAAAAGUGGAAGAGCCUGCCUGUCAUCUGGGUCACUUCCAAGAGGUGCCCCUGACUGAACCCCCAGAGAAGCAGAAGAACGAGGCCGACGUCAGUGAACAGGAGCCGCUGCUGACCAAAGUCCAGGCCUGCACCACGAGCGCCGGGUCAGCAGAGCCAACAACAAGUCCAGUCUCUGCAGAGACACUGAGCCCAGCUGCAAGGAGCCCAGGGAACGAGACGCAAACGCCCAAACAGGAAACCUGCCGGUGCUGUUCUGUCAUGUAG